AUGGGAGUCUUGCAUCUUAUCUUCGGGUUCCUUAGUCUCGUUUGCUUGACAUCCGCAGCAUCGAUAUGCGGGACUGUCGGGUACCACAACGAAACGACGCUCAGCUUUUACAUGGGCAAUUUCUUUUACAGUGCUCCCUCGACGUUCACACUUUGUGCUGCAUUCUGUAAGACAGACACCAGAUGCGAAAGCUUCCGAUACUCAAGCGACAGCACCAACCAGUUCUGUGAAUUCUUCGACGCUAGUCUGAGCGCGUACUUUACGCCCGACUCAACGUCGCCGUACUACUACUAUGAUAUUGAUUGCCCGUUUCCGCCCUUUGGUAGUGCAUCAGUGAUCAGUGCCGUCACGACGACAUCGACGCCGCCAGCUUCGACUAGUACAGGCACGACGACAACUAGAGCGGCAAACCCCGGGACCAACUGCGCGGCGACAACAGCAACCACAUCCGUUCUAAGAUUCGUCACGGUGACAGCUAUUAGCGUUACAACCACAACCACAACAGCAACCUUGACAAGCACCUUGACAGCGACAGUCACAACGCCUGUGCAGAACUUCAUCACAGUGACAGCUCUCAGCAUCCUGCCUACCACCACAACAACCACCUCGACGAGUAUCUCGACGACGACAGCGACAACAUCCGUGCAAAGGUUCGUCGUGGUGACAGCUGUGCGGGUAGCGACGAUCACGCAAACCGCACGGACAACCAGCACCGUGACGGCGACGAGAACCGCGACGGCCACCAGGACCGUGACUGCGACCAGGACCGUGCCCACGACGACGACGGGGCGAGUCUAA